CGAUCGCAUGUCUCCACACCGUCAGUCAUAUCAUCAGAUGAACCAACCGUUCCUCGCCCCAUCCACCCCUCUCGCUGUUUCAAUCAUUGUCGUCUGUCAGGCUAUCUCCGCACGCAGAGGGCACCGACCGCCCCUCAGUCAGUUCAUCAUAUCCUUGACCCGCUCCCUCGGCUGGCUGGUGCUGCGCUUGGGCUGGUUCGGUGGUGCUGGCUGGGGCUGGCCUGUCAGCAGGUUGAAGGGAAAGGGAUACUGGUGGGCAGACGGCCGGUGUCCCUCACCGUCACCACCAACAUGACCCCCAUGUCUCUUGGCCGCCCCCUCCCUCUCGUGCAGCGCCAGAUAGCUACCAGAGAACUCUCCACGAGUGAAGGGGCGGUCCGGGGUGUGGCUGAAAUUCGGCUGGAACGACAGAUAUCCCUGCUGCACACCAUCGCCGCCCUUCAGGUAGGAUGGGCAGAAAUACUCACUGCCCGAAUACCGGCGACGGAGAGACAUGCUAUGGCUUCCGUCUGAGCUGCGGGGGACCCUCACAACGUGCUUUUCAUAUUGGGAUGCCGGGAUGGGUGGGGGCUGCGGAAGAGAAGAGGGGGAGGGGCGAGGCGGAGAGGACGUGUCGAGCCGCUUCUUGAGGAAGAUGUCGCGUAGCUCACGCACCGAAGGGCUCCUGCUGUCAUCGUCCAUGCUGCCACCCUCAUGCCGAUCUGCGUGCAAAGAGAGACAUCACAUCAGGCCAGCAGCCAGGGGGAAAUGGCCGCGUGAGCGUACAAUGUACCUGUGUCCGAUGCCUCCUGAGUGCCAGUCCCAUCGCUCUCCUGAUGCGGCAGGGCCAUCACCGGCACCACGGACACAGCCUUCCUCUCCCCCUCCACCUUCCCUGCCUGCAAGCCAACCGCCUCCUUGAUCCCUUCCUCCUGCUGCUCAUCCUCUCCACUACUGCUACCCACGGGUAUCAUCGGAUCCACAGAGCCCCUGGGCGUCUCCUCCGUAUCCCUGUUGGCCUCACCACCUGAUGAGCCGCUGGCAUUAUCCUCACGCAGCUGGAAGCUGUUGGGGGGUGCUGCGACCAGCACGAUGCCCUCAUUGGGUGGGGUAGGGUCGUCCUCCUGUUCGUGGUCUGGGUCCUCGUCGACGGGCGAGAGGUAGCCGUCCUCCGGCAGCAUGGACACCGCCGGUGGGACGACGGGUACGGGCUUCUCGAUCUGCAGGUGGGCGAGCAGGAGCUUCUCACACACCGAUGCGAAGGCACGGAUCCACGCCUCUGACAUAGGAAGAGGACAAUGGACACACGCGCCUCGCGGCUGCGUAUCUUGUCCUCUUGUGUGUGUACUUCUGUCUUCCUCGGUCUUGGCCGAGAGCACCAGAAUCCGCUUCUUGGUCGACACAGCCUGGUCAGACGACACACACAUGCAAUGCAUGUGCUGUAAUGGUAAAAGCAGAUGCGUGUGCCGCACACGUUGCUUACGAAGCAGUUGUAGCGAUGGUAGUCGUUGAAGUCAAGCGGCCUGAAUGAAUGAACCGUGCGUCGACCAACAAACACAUAAAUCAGAACCUUCCAAUGCCUCUUUGACCUUAGGCUGCUCACCAGACACGUGAGUAUUCGUUGAGUCCCAGGUCCUCAGACGGGACGACAUCGUCCCCUGCUACCCCGCCCUCCCCCACCCUCUCACGCAACGGCGAUGGACUCGGCGAGUUCCAAAGACUGGCCAGAAACGCAAGCGGAUUAUUCACCGGCGACUGGCUCCGCCCAUGGUGGGAGGCCUGACGCACAGGGGUCCCCACGAGGCCGCCCGUCGGCUGCCGACCCACAGGACUCUCAUCGCGGGCACGUCUGCGGCUCUCGAUGAGUUUGCGGGCGUCGUUGUGGCCCCGCGAGAACCGCUGAUGGGAUUGCUCUGGGCGGGACGAGAGGGCCUCACGCACUGCAAAUUCAGGCGGCGGCUGAUGGUAAGACUUGAUGGUGUCGUGGUUGAGCACCAUGAACCGCUCAUUCCUGUACACAUGUACAAACAAAUCAGCAUGCUCACCGUGCCGAUCGAGCCCUGUGGGUCGUAUCUGAGGCUCACCAUCGAUUGAGAAAGGCGCUCUGCUUCACCAACCAGCCAACCUUGACAAACUGGCCCACGCCUCGAGUCCGAGGGGGACUGUUGCGUGUUUUCAUGUUGGACAGACCGACAGCGGAGGGCGGCAUCCAUUGGGAUGGAGUGCUGAGGGUGUUUCGUCCCUCGACGGGCGUCGCUGACCGUCUCAGGUUGCAUAUGUCGCCUUGCUGCCCCGGAAUGGAGGCCUGUGGGACUCCACCCGCCACCCGAGAGCGAUUUGAGUACAUCGGGCUCUUCUGGCCGCGAUGCCUUCAGCGAUGCCACGUGUGGCCAAAAAUGAGAC